UCUUGCUGUUUGCUUUGAUGCUGUGAUGUCGGCGAAAGCUUCAAACUAACUUUUUUGCCGCUUUUUAUGGUUCCAGUUAUCAAGUAAUGGGAGCGUUUUGGUUAAUUGUGGUUCUUAUCACUCCUGAACUGAUAAGAGGGGAAUCACCACCGAUCACGAAAUGCCUAAACGGCUGGAUUACCAAUGGAGAUUCUUGUUACAAAAUUGUACGUCAUACUGUGAACGUUCCUGCGAGGACAUGGGAAGAAGCGCGAGCGUAUUGUCGGGCAUUUGGUGGCGAUCUUCUAUCCAUAAGUGAUUCGCAAGAGAACCAGUUCAUUAAAAACCAGCUGUCGUCAUUUGGUGCAAUACCAUUUUGGAUUGGGCUUUACAGGAACUCGUCCAUUCAGAACGCUAGAGAAGGGUGGGUUUGGAUGGGUAAGACUAGUUAUGGAACGUACACGAAUUGGGCUUGGGGCGAACCAAACAACUGGAAAAAUUCCGAAAAAUGUGGUGAAUUUUAUGCAAGGUCUGGUAAAUGGAAUGACCAAAGUUGUUUUCGCCAGCGACCAUUUGUGUGUGAACGGAAAAAGGGUACUCCUUUUCCAACAAUUGGACUUCCUCCUACCUUGAAUAUAGUAGUGAAUAAUACGGUGACCUGCGAUAUAGGUUGGAAAGGCUUCAGAAAAUCCUGCUACAAAAUAUCCAACCUACGAAGAUCGUGGCAUGCAGCUAAAAUGCAUUGUGGUAAUCUAGGUGGCCACCUGUUAAAGAUUGAUGAUCAAACCGAAUUAAAUUAUUUCUUUAUUCAAAUUGGCCCUGUUUUGAAUUCGCGAUAUUGGAUUGGUCUAUACGAUACACAGGGAAAUUUCAGUUGGCAAUGGGAAUCUGACGGUAGUAGUCUUCAGUUUAAUAAAUGGGAUGUAGGUGAGCCGAAUGGCAAUGGGAACGAGAGGUGUGUCGAAAUGUAUGGAGGUAUAUUAGCACCAGUUUGGAAUAAUCACUUUUGUUCAAGAAGAUCGCAAUUUAUCUGUGAAAAAGAAGAUGGUAAAAACGAAUGUCCUGAUGAUUGGACUAUGCAUGAAGAUAAUUGUUAUCAAUUCAAUCUCGCGAGUGAUCAGCUUAAAAACUGGACUUCGGCGCAGCAAGCUUGCGAAUCAGUCGGUGACUUCUCUUCUUUGGUCAGCAUUCUUAGCGAAAGUGAACAAGAAUUUGUAGCCAAAGAAAUCAGCACUGUUUCCAGGUCUGCGGUGUGGAUUGGCCUAAAUGACCGCAAAUCUGAGAAUGUCUAUAGUUGGAUUGAUAAAUCAAAAGGGGAUUAUCGGAACUGGAUUGGUAAAAAUCCUAGAAACAAAGCAUGGAAAGAUUGUGCCGUACUUAUGGGCAUGAGAUCAGACAGCGCAUGGACAAUGGAAAUCUGUUCAGAACUUCGUCGAUACAUUUGUAAACGCAAAAAAGCCGUUUUUGCUUGUGAUGCGCCUCUUGGAAUGGAAAAUGGAAACAUCAUAGACGAUCAAAUCUCAGCCAAAAACUCCCUUAAUCCUUCUACCAGACCAUCAAUGUCUCGUCUGCGUAGCAAUGGUUCAUGGUGUCCAAAAUAUCAGGACGAUUAUCUGGAAAUCGACCUCGGCUCGUUGUAUAAAAUUAAGAUGAUCGCGGUACAAGGCUUGGCAACUGCAUAUUGUAUUAAAUAUGGUACGGGUGGUAAAGGCGAAGGAGUCAGGCAGUACGGUAGAACAACUGGCCCGGGUUGCAAGGAGUUGAGCAGCGAACCAUCAGAAAAACCACAUCUUCUGAAGAAUCUGGAACCGUUUAUCGCAAGAAUAAUUCGAAUCAAACCAGUUCGAGGACAAAGCAGGUGCACACGUCUCGAGAUUUACGGUUGUUUAAGUGAAAAUAUCAUUUCCGACGCCCAUAGACGUGCUGUUUGGAAGAGAAUUCCCUAUACUACAUAUCAAUAUCAGAUUAAUCAUAUUCGUCUUCCUUGGGAAGAUGCGCGAUCUUACUGCCUGGAACAGAAGGCUGAUUUGUUAAGUACAAGUACUCAAGCCGUGGCAAACUAUAUGGAGGCAGUGUUAAAUACGCUUUCACCUUACGGGUGGUGGAUUGGGUUAACGGAUCGUGAUUAUUCUCUGCACUACUAUUGGACAGAUGGCAGCCCUGUUCACUACAUUGCGUGGGGUGGUUAUAUCUCAAGAUAUAACACUGAUGGCUGUGUUUAUUAUCGGAAAUAUGGGAGAAAUUGGCGAGCUGACAGAUGCAGUUCACUACGACCAUUUGUGUGCAUGAAAAAAGAUCUUUCGAAAUACAAUGCGACUCAACGGAAAACUGAUGGAGCAAUCGGGAAUGGUGUUACUGGAGUUUGGAUGAGCAGUGCAACGCAUUACUGGCCUCUUUCCGCAGUUAAAGGUGGCAAAAUAUUUGGAACAAAAGAUGGCCGAGCUUUCGGAGACAUAAAGGUUAUAUCUGGUGUAAAAAAUAAACCUAAAAGUGCCUUACAAUUCUCAAAGCCUGGUAUGUAUAUUGAAGUUCCAUUCGAGGAGGAUUAUUGCUUAACCUUUCCGGACAUAUGCCCUUUGAAACAGCUGACAAUUUCGUUCAUGGCUUCGUUUGAUGCUGCCGCUAAGAGCUGGAGAAAUGUAACGAUUUUUGAUUCAUUGGGAGGAAAUAAAGAUUUUUCAACUGGAAUAUCCGUUUAUAUUGAUGAAAACAAACUAUGGUUUUUGGUUUCUUAUGCUGCCCAAUUUUGGAAGACAAGUGUAACUCUUCAAGGAGAUGGAAACUGGCGACAUUACGUUGUCAUUUCAUCCCCAGACAGUAUUCAAGUUUUUGUCAACGGGAAACGUUUAAAUGCAGGACAAGAUCAACCAAUUUUCCGAACGUCAGUACACCUGAAAAACAUAAAAAGAAAUUUUUCUAUUGGACUGCAGCCGAAUGCAAAAGUAACGUCAGGUGUAAUUGGUUUAGCCAUGUUUGCAUUCUGGGAGGGUAUUAUCGCCGAGAAGGAUGUUCAGACAAUUUAUAAAACAGAAUUUGGUUGGUGUCCUGUUGGUUGGAUUUCGUUUGGAAUGUCCUGCUAUGAAUUUACCACCCGGAGAUUACCUUGGAAUUCUGCACGUGGGAUGUGCCAGAGGUUGGGCGGGGACCUGGUCACGAUUAGUUCACCGGUCGAGCAAGCGUUUAUCAACAGAAAUAUAGAGCAAACGUCGUGGAUUGGGUUAAAAGAUUUCUCGCUUUCUCGCCGUUCGCGGCGUUCGCUUCGUCCCUAUCGUCCCCGUUUCGCGUCCCUUCCACGCAUAUAUUUACGUAACAGUAAAUUAAACUUCCUUUGGGCAAACCGUGCACCGACUCUCUACACCAACUGGCGAUCUCACUCAUCAUUCAUGUACAGAUCUUGGCAAACUUGUGUGGCUGCACUUGCUACUCAGACUAGCCAUGGAUUUUGGGCUCAAAUGCAAUGUUUUUCAUUUGCCGCGUCGAUUUGCGAAAAGGAAAAAGACGAAACAAAACCGGUUGUUAACACAACAGUCGUUGAUACUCCUAAAUUUACGAGGGUGUGUCAAUUUUCUCGCGCCACACUCAGCUGUCCAAUUGGAUCGGUUAUAAAAAUCGACGAGGCGUUCUGGGGAAGAAGACGACGCGACGUGUGCAGAUAUGUCAGUAUAAUUAACUGUGGCUUAGACAACAUUCCUGAGGUAACCAAGAAGUUGCGUGAGCAAUGCGAUGGAUCAUCAAACUGCAAAGUAGAAGCUUCACAGAACAAAUUAUUGGAAAUAUGUAAAGGAGUUAAAAAAUAUUUGGAAGUGAAUUAUACUUGCAUAAGUAAAGAGAAGAUGAAAACCCCUUGCUCACCUGGCUGGAUCCGAAGUAAACAUGGCGGUGAUUUAGCUUGCUAUCGUUUCAUGCAGUCAAGGCAAAAUUGGUCUGAUGCUGAAAAAACCUGUAAAGAAUUUGGUGCAAAACUGAUGAGCAUUACAGAGAAAUCCGAGCAGGUCCUUGCGACUACUCUGAUGGAGCGUGCUUGGAAUACAGAUGUAUGGAUUGGCUUGUCCUUGUCAAACAAUGAAUUUAUUUGGUCUGACGGAGCACCGGUAACUUGGACCAACUGGGGCGUGGGAAAUCCGCGUGGUUCGUGGACUGGGAAACGUUGCGGGUACAUGAACCUUGAACGAUCACUACGAGAUUUAAUGUAUUGGAAAUUAGGAAAAUGUAGUGAAGAAAAACAGUUCAUUUGCAAGAAAAUUGUCCGUCGUAAUAAUCCACCGAGCACACCUAAAAAAGACGCUUCAUGUUCUUUUGGUUGGACGCCAUUCAAAAACAAAUGCUACAAGUUUUAUUCAAAUAUGAUCACCUGGGAACAAGCUCGACGGAACUGUAGAUCGUUUAGAACAUCAAUUAGUCGUUUAGUAACCAUAACAAGCAAGGAAGAAAACGAUUUUGUCUCAAACUUAGCUAACACAACCAUCUGGAUUGGUUUGGAAGGAAGAGGUGUAUACCGAGGUCAUGUAUGGACUGACAACACUGCGGUGGGAUUUACAAAUUGGGACAUAGGUCAGCCUGACAGUUACAAUGGACGUGAUACAUGCACGGAACUUUAUGCUGAAAUUGGAAAUUGGGGUGAUGUAAAUUGCUACUCCCGGAGACCGUAUGUAUGCAAACGGGAUUCAUUGGCUACAGCUGGACCAUUGCCGACAGCUGGAACAACAUUAGUUAACUCAACUAGGUGCAAAACUGGUUGGUAUCUAUUUAAUAACAUGUGCUACACUGCUAGCGACACGAGAAAUAGCAGCGGAUACAAGGCGUGGUAUGACGCAGAAACGUACUGCAAACUGAUGGGAGGAAAUCUUGCCAGUAUCUCUUCUAGCGAAGAAAAUGCCUACAUUAAGCAGCUAAUAAGAACUAAGUCAGGGUACUCAUUUUGGAUCGGGUUACACGAUAUGGCCGGGGAGAGUCUUUAUGAGUGGUCGGACGGAACAGGUUAUGGAAAGUUCAUGAACUGGGUUAGUGGAGAACCGAACAAUUAUCAUCGCCAAGAGGAUUGUAUAGCUAUGAUUAGAGGGUCUGGGGCAUGGAAUGAUAAUCAUUGCUCCUCAAGGAAAUCUUUUGUCUGUAAAUCUAGUACAGUGGAUACUCCAAUAAAGCCAACUCGCAUCAAACCAAUCAAAAACAGUGGUUACUGUCCUCCCGGAUGGUUUCAAAACGGGGGAUACUGCUACGAAUUUCAUACCAAUAAAAAUGAAUACAGAUCUUGGUAUGAUGCAAAAAGUACAUGUGAACAAGGAACGAAUUCAAGUAGCGUAGGAGAAUUAGUCAGCAUAACCAACGAAAUUGAACAAGCAUUCAUCACAUUGCAUCUGAAUGGAGUGGAAGCACCAUUAUGGAUUGGCAUGAACAAUCUCCACCUCACCAGUUCGUUUUAUUGGGCGGAUAACUCUCCCUCAAACUAUUUCCAUUGGAACAAGGGACAACCAUCGAAUACUUGGAGACUUUGUGUCGUAAUUUCUCCGUUUAGAAGGAAUGCCGGGAAAUGGAGUACAACCUCGUGUACUUCUUCGACCUACGGGUUUAUCUGCAAAACUGCCGCAAAGGAGGCGCCAGUUACGGCUCCGACAAUCACUCCAGUGACAACAGAAGUACCCAAAUUUACGUGUGGAAAAGAAUACAUGAAAUAUGACGAAUCAUGCUAUAUGUUAGUAAAUACACCAAAAACCUUCGACGAAGCGAAGAAGGCUUGCAAAGCGAAAAAUAAGGAUGCCGAGCUUAUCAGUGUUGAUUCUGAGUUUGAACAAGCUCUGCUUGUGUAUUUAAUGGAGAGGAAACUAGGCAGCGUUUGGAUUGGCUUGAGUAAGAAGCCUUGGUCAGCGCUGAAAUUCACAGAUCACAGUUCCCCGAUUUAUUCUUUCUGGGGCGCAGGACAACCGAACCGGCAGCUUGAUGAAGAAACAUGUGUUCAAGCGAAUGUGUCUGGAUCUCAUGUUGGCCGCUGGGAUGAUGUUGAUUGUAGUAAAAAGAAUGUUUUUAUAUGCGAAAUCUAUCAUGGUGAGCCAAAAGUAACAUUGGAAGAAAAUGGCACUUGCGAGGUUGGAUGGACGAAAUAUAGAAAAAACUGCUACAAACAUUUCCAGCGUUAUACUUCAUGGCCUGCAUCGCGUUAUUUCUGUCUUCGAAACGGUGGGGAUUUGCUGAGUAUCGGAGAUGAUGAAGAACAAGAUUUUGCUAUGACCUAUUUCUCAAACAAACCAAGAUCAUGGUUAUGGUUAGGUCUACAUGAUCGUAGCUUUGAAGGAGGUUAUGAAUGGAGCGACUAUACGCCAGUUAAAUAUACUAAUUGGAAGGAUGGUCAACCAAAUGAUGCUAGGCAAACUCAGAAUUGUGUUCUAAUGGAUAGUCGUAGUGGUCGUUGGUUAGAUUGGCUCUGUGCAUCAUCGUAUUCUUUUGUCUGUAAAAAACCACUUGAAUGUUCUUCAAAGAUACCUUUGAACAAAGAGAUGAUAACCGUGUCAAGCCGCAUUGCAGCCAAUCUUAGCGAAGAUCAAGCUAUUCUAGGUGCUAAUAAUCCCAGAAAUUCUGCUUGGUGUCCUGAUAAAAAAGAUACUUCACCAAGGAUUCGGAUUGAUCUAUUUGGCGUGUAUAAGAUAACUUCAAUAACGACCAGAGGACGAACAGAGAGUGGAGUGUUUAAAAAAUUCUUUUCCAAUUCGUUCUAUGUCGAGUAUACUACUGAUGGUGAGACAUGGAAAACGUAUUUGCGAAAAGGAAUACCUGAGAAAAUUUUCAGUAAUGUCAAUGGCUAUGGGUUAUUUACUAAGGCCUUUUAUCCGCCGAUUGUGGCAUCCAGCAUUGCAAUUUUACCUACAGUUUCCGGUGUUGAAAGUCCGUGUAUGCGACUGUCUCUUCAAGGAUGCGAAUUUGUUUGUCAGUCUGCAUUAGGGAUGAGUAAUAUGAAGAUUCGCAAUAAUCAGAUCACGGCCUCAAGUUUCAAAUAUCCUGACAACCCCCCGGAAAAUGCUCGACGCCGUCUGAAAGGCUGGUGUGCUGAGGCGAAUGACGAAAAACAAUGGAUUCAAGUUAACUUUGGUCAGAUUAAUACAGUUACGAAAAUAAGAACCUUUGGUGAUACUAAAGAUAACUAUGUAAAACGUUAUAAGAUACAAUUUAGUGGGGAUGGAUUUAAGUGGGUCGACUACAAACAGUAUGGCGCUGUAAGGGUAUUCAUGGGUAACCAGCACGCUCUUCAUCCAGUGACUCAUUCUCUGAGUAAUGUUGUACAAGCACAGUUUAUACGCAUCAUACCUCUAACUUGGAACAACAAUAUUUGUAUGAGAUUCGAGUUGUUUGGUUGUGUCGCAGCAUGCAAUGGACCACUGAUUAAAGGGGAAAGUAACACAAUAUCAGAGACUAAACUUAUUUCAAGUGAUCCAGAAUUCGAAGGAGAAUUGGCACGCAUGGAUUCUGGAAAGGCUUGGUGUCCUGACAAAAAGAAAGGAGUGUAUUUGCAGGUCGACUUUAUGAAAACAGUUCGAUUGGGUCUUAUUGUUACCACAGGGAGUCCUAUGAAUUAUGGCAAACCACGGCGGGUUUUUGUCUACACUCUUGAGUAUUAUCAACGCGGAAAAUGGUACCAGUUAAGUAAACCUAUUGUCUCUGAUAACAGGAAAAAUUCUACUAUAAAGAGUACCCACUCUCUUCGUAGUGAAGAAAACAAAAAUGGUAUAAUUACUAAUAGGGUAAGAAUAUACCCGAAGAUGUUCACGGAAGACGGGAUCUGCAUGAGAGUUCAGUUCUAUGGUUGUUUAGCAGGGUUCGAAAUUAUACCAACAACACCACCCACAGCCGAGAUAACUGAAGCAAGUAUUCGUAUUACCAGCAUUGAGUGGAGCGAUAAAUUUAACAAUGAAUUUUCGAGCGAAUUUAAGGCCACCGCCAUAAUCAUCCAGAACUCGGUGGAGAAAUUAUACAACGACGACGUCGACUCUAAGGAAGGUGAAGCAUUACGAGAAGCUAGGGUCAAAAAACUGAGGAAAGGCAGUGUUAUAGCUGAUUUACAACUUGUAUUUAAUCCGAAAUUUGCCAAAAAUGAGAACAUUUCUAAACCGCUAAUGGAAGCUGUGAGGAAGGGAAAAAUUGGCGAUUUAACAGUGGAUAAGGAUUACUUCGUAUUCAAAGACAAAUCUGUUGUGUCGCAUCGUUCUAAAUCAGGUGAUAGUGGUUUAUCGAAUGGCACAAUAGCUGGUGUGGUUGUCACUGUUUUAUUAGUGCUGUUGAUUGUUGUUGGCAUUGGAAUUUACUGGAGAAGAAAACGAAAGAGAGACCUUUAUGGGCCAAAGCAAUUUAAUAAUCCCAUUCUUUAUCGUUCUGCCAACACAGACGAAUAUGAUAUGGAUUGAAAUUGUCUAUAAGAUAGUUUAACCAAUUUUUUGUUUUAUUCUUUUCACAAUAAUCUUUUUAAUCGUAAAAUUAGGUAACACAUACAUUCAGGUGGCAAAAUGCACAAGUUUAUAGUGUUUUCAGGAAGGAAUUAUGUCAUAAAUGAAUCGUUCCCUCCGACAGCAUGCCUUGCAUGAUAAAUCAAUAAAUCUUUGAUAAAUCAAAGUAAAACGGCCGAAAGAAUAAGUUGUUUUUUAAUCAAUUAUACUCUUGUACAAUUUCAUUUUUUGCUUUGUAAUUAUUAUGUAAUUAUUAUGUAACUUUACAGCCCUAAAACACCAUUCAUAAUUCUUUUUUCAUAUAUUCCUAAAGGCUAAUGCAUGCAAUAAACAAUAAGAAUAAAC